AUGAUCUUUCCUUUUGAAGGUGUCAUCACCAUCGGUCUUAGUCUCCUCGCCUUUGUCACCCUCACCGACCGACCCGAGACCGCCCGCUGGCUCACACAGGAGGAGAAGGAGCUUUGCAUCGCCCGUGUAAAGUCUGAGCGUCUUGCCCAGACCGAAGUCGUCGACGGUAUCGACCGAAUCAAGCUCUGGCGCGGUGUCUCCAACCCCAUCACUCUCCAGAUCGCCUGCAUUUUCCUCUGCAACAACAUUACUGUCCAGGGUCUCGCCUUCUUCCUUCCUACUAUCGUCGGCACCAUCUACCCCGACUACAGCGUCGUCCAGAAGCAGCUUCACAGUGUUCCUCCCUACGCUGUCGGUGCCGUUUUUGCUGUUGUCUUCCCUGCCAUCAGUUGGUGGGUUGACAAGCGACAGAUCUUUAUCAUUAUGUCUGCCCCUACAGUUAUCAUCGGUUACGCCAUGUUCUUGGGAUCCGAAACUGCUGGUGUUCGAUACGGUGCUUGUUUCCUGAUUGCCAGUACUUGUAUGGUUCUCGGUACCAUGACAAACGCUCACAUCAGUGCCAACGUUGUCAGUGACACCGCUCGAAGCAGUGCAAUUGGUCUCAACGUCAUGUUUGGCAACAUUGGUGGCCUCAUCGCUACUUGGUCCUACCUCGACAAGGACAAGCCCAACUACCCCAUCGGCAACAGCAUCAACUGUGCCGCAGGAUGUCUCAUCUUCCUCAUCAGUAUCUCUGGAUACCUGUGGAUGAAGUGGGAUAACAACCGACGCGACAAGAAGAACGUCGAGCAAGAGCUGGCAGGUCUUUCUCCUGAGGAGAUUGCCAACCUUGACUGGAAGCACCCUGGUCACAGAUGGCACAACUAA